AUGGAAGAGAAAUUGAAUCCUCAGAUCUCCGUCGACGGAGAAAUGAGGGAACACGACGUUCAAAUCAUCACUUCCGGUGGGCUUCGCAUCUCAGCUCACUCUCACAUUCUGGCUUCAGUAUCGCCGGUACUGGAGAGUUUGAUAGAAAGGCCGCAAAAUCACCGGAGCUCCCAAAGGAAUAUUUCGGUACCUGGCGUCCCAUGCGGCGCCGUUGCGGUUUUCCUGAAGUAUCUCUAUUCCUCCAAGUGCAGUGAGGAGCACUUGGAGAAGUAUGGGAUCCACCUGCUGGCGUUAUCACACGUGUACUCGGUACCGCAGCUAAAGGAGAGAUGUACAAGGGGGUUGGCCGGGCGGUUGACUAUUGAGAAUGUGUUGGAUGUACUUCAGCUUGCAAGACUUUGCGAUGCACCUGAUCUCUACCUCAAGUGCAUGAAAAUGUCGUCAUGUAAUUUCAAGGCAGUUGAGCUGACCGAAGGUUGGAAAUUCUUGCAAAACCAUGAUCCUUGGCUUGAACUUGAAAUUUUGCAGUUCAUCGAUGAAGCUGAAACGAGGAAAAAGAGGACAAGGAGGAAUAGAGAGGAGCAGAAGAUGUAUCUACAGCUAAGUGAAGCAAUGGACCGUCUGGAGCACAUAUGUGCUGAAGGGUGCACGAGCGUUGGACCUUUUGACAUGGAUCCGAGCAAGAACAAGGGUCCAUGUAACAAGUUUUCCACGUGCCAUGGACUACAGAUUCUGAUCAAGCAUUUUGCAGCGUGUAAGAAGAGGGUCAAUGGAGGAUGUUUGCGAUGUAAAAGAAUGUGGCAGCUAUUUCAAUUGCACUCCUCAAUCUGUGAUCGGCCUGACGAAUGCAGGGUUCCUCUGUGCAGACAAUUCAAAUUGAAGGUUCAGCAGAAUAGACGAGGAGACGACGCAAGGUGGAGACUACUUGUACGAAAGGUGGUCUCAGCUAAAACUAUAUCAUCCUUAUCUCUUCCCAAGAGGAAGAGAGAAGAGGGACCUCGGAUUGCCCAAAUGAAAAUGUCUCUAGAAUAG